AUGAAGUUUACUAUCUCUUCCGUCGUUAGCGCUGCCACCGCCGCCUUGAUUCUUUCUCUUUCGGCCAUUCAAGUCUAUUCCCUUCCAACUGACCCUGCAAGGCCUGUUGCAUUUAGAAAGCGUGCGAUCGAGGGCCUGAAUAAUUUUGACUGCAAGUUGACUCCUGCUCAUCCUCGUCCUGUGAUCUUGGUUCAUGCAACUCUACUUACCGUCGAUUCCUGGUCCACCUUUGCGCCCGAAUUGGCCAAGCGCGGCUACUGCGUCUUUGGCCUCACCUAUGGCAAAUACAAGAAAAUCCCUGGUUUUGGGGGCCUUGCUCCGAUCGAGGAUUCUGCCCAGGAGCUUGCCAGCUUUACGAACGAAGUCAUGAGCAAGAUGAAAGUGUCCCAAGUUGACAUUGUUGGGCAUUCACAAGGUAGUAUUCUGGCAAGGUACUGGAUGAAGUACCUGGGCGGAGCCGGCAAGGUUUACAGACAUGUUGGAAUAUCCCCCAUUAACCAUGGUACAACUCUGAGUGGAAUCACGACAAUGGCCAAGGCUAUGAAGAUGUUCGAUCCGUCCCAGCCCUUCUUCGACUCAUUCGCACCAUCAUUUUAUCAAAUGGUUGUGAACUCCACUUUUAUGCAAAAGUUGAAUGCUGGAGGUGACACUGCCCCUGGGGUCAUCCAUUCCAACAUCGCUACCAAAUACGAUGAGGUCGUUACUCCUUGGGAGACAUGCUUCCAGGAAGGCCCUGGGAUUACAAACAUUUUACUUCAGCAUCUCUGCGCGUUGUCAUUGAACGAGCAUCUUACCAUGGUCAAUACCAAGGUUGUCCUUCAAUUCGUCCUCAACCAACUCGAUCCGGCCAUCGCCAAGACUGCGAACUGCCUGUCGAUGUUCUAAGCCAAAGGGCAGAAUGAUAGGGUUGUUUUCUCUAGGGAUUUCAUAGCCUGUGACCUACAGCUUUUCAACGUCUUAUACUCAU